AAUAAGUUUCGAUUUCUGCUGAAGGAACAUGUCCACUUCCAUGUUGGCGCUGUGGUCAUGAGUUUUCCCGUCACUUUGAGAUUUUAGAAUCAUGGAUACGGAGAUACUAAAACACAUUUUGAGUUGUCAAGGCUCCGUGGACCGAGAAGAACUGGAGUGUAAUCUCGGCGAUGCUUCGUUUAUCGCAGAAAUUAUUGACUCCAAUGACAAACUCGUGGCGUGUUUUGUCAGCGGGACUCCGAAGGUUGUGGCCCGGUGCAGAGUGAGACUGUGCCGGGCCAGAGAGUGUCCGGGCUGCGGGGGACUGCACCUGUGCAAAAACGUGCUGUUCACUGGAGUCUGCCCCUUUCUACAGUCAAGGAGAGGCUGUUCUUUCUCCCAUGAGCUCCACUCUGAAUACAACAUGGAGGUCCUCAGGGAGUUCGGUCUGGAGACUCUGAACAGGACGGAGUUGUGUCUGCUGCUGCUACAAAGCAACAACACACUGCUGCCUCAGAUCUGCCAUGACUACAAUAACCACGGCUGCCAAGACGACUGUCAGCGGCUGCACGUCUGCGAGCUUUACCUCAGCUUUGACUGCAAAUGCUCCAGAACGCAUGACUUCUUUGCUCCACAACCCCUCAAACUACUCCAGGAAAAAACCAUCCCUGACCAUCUCAUCAAGGUUUUAAAGUCUGUGUACGCGAACAAGGAAGCUCUAAGGCUCGCUGACAAAGAAAACGGGAGUAAUAACAGUCAGGCAGAGUCAAAUUUAGAUGCUAAUAAUGAAAAUGAGUUAAAUGAAAACAACCAGGAUAUAAGUGAAGACACGCCAAUGGACGGUUCAGACGUUUCAGACGCAAGCAGCAGUAUAAGCACGAAACAAGAUCAAAGUAGUGUUCAGGUCACUAAAAAGAGGAGGACGAGAGGAGGAAAAGGAAGAAACCGCACGAAGCAAAAGAAUAAAAUGCCGGCAGCUGCUACUGGUGCAGAGCUCACCAACCCCGGACAUGGACAGUACACGCAGAGCUCUCAAGGCCCAAACACUGCUCCAGAUUCAAGCAGCGCUUCAAGGAGAGGCUCUAGUAAAGAUGAUACAAUCUGCAUGUUCUUCAUCAGAGGACUCUGUAAACAUGGAGACAGCUGUCUUAAAGCCCAUGACAAGAUGCCGUACAGAUGGCAGCUCAAACAGGGUCCCUUUUGGAUUCCUUUGACUCAAAAUGAGACCAUAGAGGAAGACUACUGUGACCCCCACAACACAUUCAGCUACACUAACCCUUCUAUACAUUUUGACCGAAUGAAGAGUGGACAAAACAAAGUAAGGCGACUGUCCACUGUGAGCUCUGUAGUGAAACCGAACUACAGCUACACCACUCACUGGAUCUGGUACUGGGAGGACGAGGUCGGAAUGUGGAACCAGUACAUUCCAAACGAACGUGGGUUACUCAGCAUCACCAGUAAAGAACUUGAAGAGAAGUAUGUGAAAAACAACAAUGAUAUGGUGACAUUUACUGCAGAAUCACAAUUGAUUGAAAUCAGCUUCCAAGACAUGAUUGAAAGAAACCUGACAUACGGUACAAAGAGAGCGGUGAGGAGACGGCCGCGAUUUGUCUCUGAAGCUGAAGUGAACAAAAACAGGGAAUGUACAACAAACAUCACUGCUGUAUCAGACUACUUGGAGAAAAUGCAGAUUGCUCAAAAGGGACAUGCUCAACUUACCACCACAUCAUCUACAAUUAAUGAAGUUUUUUCUUAUUAUUUAUUUCCACCGACUAAUUUGGCACCAACUCCUCAAGUCGCAUUCACUAAAAAGUUUGUUGGACUGUCCAAUUUUCAAACUGCAAAACCAGCGAAUGCAGUUUCAUCAGCGACCGCACAAGUGGCAUCCACAAAUAAAACAAAUGUACAGGCUGCGUUGCCCAUGACAGCUGCUGCCACGGCAACACCUGCAAUGAAAUCUGCAUUGACAACAACAUCAAGAUCGCAAUUUCCGUUCACAACUGAAAGUCAAGCCACAAAAUCAGCCACAUCGCGGUUCACGUCUGCUUCAACGACUGGGGUGAAUUUGACAACUGAUUUUUCAAAAACGCCAUCAACAUCUGGAUUGAAAUCACCCAUGGAGACCACAACAUCUGCCACAAAAUCACAAAUUGGAUUCAGAAUUUCAGAAGCGUCCGGAACCGUUACAGCAAGUGCCUUUUCAGCUUCGACAAAAUCAUCAAAUCCAUUCUCACCAGCUUCAUCUGCUGGAAAAUCACAAGUGACACCUACAACAUCUGCAGCUUCAACGGCACCAACAUCUGGGUUAAAAUCAUCGAAUCAGUUUUCAACAAGUUCAGAUUCAGAAUCGUCAAAACUUGCAAUCGCAAAAUCACAAUUUCUAUUCGACACAAAGCCAUCAAAAUCACCUCUCAUGACCUCACAAGCCACAAAAUCACAAUAUACUAGUACAUUCGAAACAACUGCAGCUCCAAAAUCAACAUCAGCGAUUACACCUGAAUUGAAAUCAGCAAAUCAGUCAUCAAAAUCAGUGCCCGUGACCUCACAACCUACAAAAUCAGCUCCAAAAUCAACAUCAGAUAUUAAAUUUUCAACACCAGGAACAAGUUCACCAGCUUCGACUUCUACGAAAUCACAACUCACAACACUACUCGAUCCAUUUUCACCAACUUUUCCAGUAAAUUGGUCGCAAAUGGCACCUACAACAUCUGCAACAACAAAAUCACAAUGCACACCUUCAACGGCAUCAACAUCUGGGUUAAAAUCAUCAAAUCAAUUUUCAACAAAGCCAGAAUACUCAAAAGUCACGACCACAUCAGCGCCCACAAAAUCACAAUUUGCAUUCACAACAACUACAACACCAAAAUCAACAUCAUUUUCAACAUCUGGGACAAGUUCGUCAGCUUCAACUUCUACGAAAUCGCAACUCACAACAUCAUCAGAUCCGUUUUUAUCAGUGGGCAGAUCACAAAUGAAAUCUACAACAUCUGCAACAGCGAAAUCACCGUCGACUCCUGUUACAUCACGGAAAACAUCUGGAUUAAAAUCAUCAGAUUCAUUUUCAACUGAUUUAACAGCGUCCAAAUCUGUCUCGAAAUCACACUCAACAGUUUCUUCAACAUCUCGAACGAAUUCACCAGACGCAUUUUCAAGAUCUUCAUCAACGAGACCUCAACUGAAAUCUAAAACUGCGUCUGACUUCUCGACGGCAAAAUUGGACACUCCGACGAAACUAACGUCUGUAGCGUCUUCCACAAGAUCACGGACGACACCUGAUACAACAUACGCAACAAAAUCACAGCUCAGUUCAGCGACGUCAAGACCGCAAACGAGAUCUACAGCGUUUGAAACAGAACCAGAAUUUGAAGUGGAGACAGCGUUCACGGCCGUUUCAUACUUUGAGUCGACUGCAAGUUCUCCUCGUCCACCUCGAAAAAAAAAAUCUUGCAUUAUUUCUUAACAUUAAAGUUUCUAUAUUACACCAAAAUUGACUCUUGUGAGCUUUAGGAUUCAUGUAGGAUGUUGUCAUCUCCUCAAAAACAGACCUGGAAUUGUGUUUUGUUUCAUUCACACAUGUUUGAGUAAUUCUGCAUUAUUAAUCUGUCUACAUCUCCAGAGCUCAGUAGAGAUCGUCAAUUCUGGGGCUGAAUUCAUCCAAAUGAUUCUAGUGAAGGUGUAUGCAGUGUAAAAACACAGUGGAGCACUUCCUGUAUUACCACAUGACAUCACAAGGUGGAACAGAGUGUUUUUUGUUUAAGAGAAGAAUUCAAUAUGGAGGGUUUUUGUGUUAAACAUGCGUGAACGAAACAAAACAAAUCUUCAAGAAACAAAAUUAUAACAGAGAUCAGAAAAUAGUGCAAUAAGACCCUUUAAGUCAGGGGUGUCAAACUUAAAUUCACAGAGGGUCAGAAAAAAAAAAACUGGGACUAUUUCGUGGGCCAAACUAAAUAUUUAUUGAAAAAUUUCUGCAUGUUUUCUCUUCUUUCGGGAUAUGUAAUGUUAAACCUUUUCUUAUUAACCCUCUCCAGGCAGGCGUUGUAGAUUUGCAACAGCUAAAUGCCAAUUACCUACUUACUCCAAAUCCAUAUUUUAUUAGCUUUUUUACGCAGGAGCCUUUUUCUCAUCCAUGCUGAUAAAUGUGGACGAUGCAGACUGUGCGAGAAUUGGCUCCAUGCAAACGGCCUGUCAGAAGUGCAAAGUACUUUUGUUGUUUACAAAGGAUAAAAAUUGUUUCUUGGAGCACCACACGAAAAAGUGAUGUUGUUCUGCCACUGUAAAGCUGUUACACUGUGCUUUAUGUUUUCAUUGUUAUGAAAAGUGGUAUACACAUAAAGUUAGCGUUCAUAUCAUUUUCAGUCUUCAGUGUUAAUUUACCACACCGGACCAAGGCUCAACAUCCCAGAACGCAUUGGAUGUGAAGGUCUCUCUCAAAAAAAAGUCAGGAUUGUAUAUUACUACCCCAUAUGAUCAUUUUCCUUACUAAAAUUUUAUUUGAGCCUGAGAGGGUUAAAAUAAAUGUUCAAUAAUAGUUUUGCUUAAACAUUGAAUCCAGAACAACCAUAAUAUAAAAUAAUAACAAAAUUUUAAAUAAAUAAUGUUUCUAAAGCCUAUCUGUAGCCGCUGGGCCAGCUCUAAUACAUACUUGAUAUAAUAUAACGAUAUCGCGGGACAUGUCUGCUUUAAAAGAACCAUUUAUACGUAUUUGCUUCAUUGCCUACAGAGGUGACUGUCUAGUUCUUGCUCAUGACAAUUGUAAUGCUGAUUUACUCUUAAUAACAAAAAUACUGGACAUGAUGGACAAGUUGUUUAUGCUAUAAUUUGAUUUGAUUCUCAAGUUUAUUAUCCAAUCAGAAAGCAGAAUGAGCCUCACAUGAGUCUCUGUUUGGGGUUGCCAGAUUUUAUGUUGAAAUCCAGUUGGUUUAAAACCUAAAAGGACUCUCAGCCUCUUCUCAGUGAGGUUUUCGGAUCUGUCCAUUAAAUGAGAAAAGCUUUGUGGCCUCUUAAUGGAGGUUUAGCCGCCGGCAUCUCAGGGUCAGACAUGAUUGUAUUGUAUUUUUUAAAACAUGGACUUUCUUUAAUGUAAUCCAGUAUUAUGUUAUGUUUUAGUGUUGGAAUUUUCUUAGACUUGAGAAUCGAAAGUGCUUAAGAAAAGCUCUAUUAAUAAACUUUAUGAUUCUAUUUUACAUUAUUGAUUAAAACUAUCAUACUUAUAUGUUUUGCUGUUGAAAAAAAACAAUACUAGGACAAAUGUAUCAUCAAGAUCAGUUUAAGUCCAAAGCAAUAUUUUGUUUUUUCUUCUCACCUGAAGUUGCACUUUCCCUUCAUUUGAGUUUUGUCAGUAUAUAUUUGCUCAAGAAUUGCCUUUUUUUAAAAUCUUUCUUUGUUUUAUUUUUUUUUCUCUCCAUAAUUGCAGUUUUGUUCAUGUUUGUGUAUAAUUAUGUGAGGGACAUGAAGGAUUCUCACCCCCUACUGAUAAAAUAUAAAAGUACUGAUAAUAAUAAAUGGUUUUGCAAUCAACUGUACUAACAUCUCACCACUGUAAUAAAUAAAUAAAGGGAACAACACA